AUGGCCUCUUGCUGCUUCCAACCACUACGGCCAAGGGGCAAGGCUACUCUACAGUCUUGGUCACGCUCCUAUCACAGCGCGGUUGCAAGGUUCACCACCAUUGAUCGAAGGGGCAUGCCUAUCUCCUGCGAUACUGGGAUCAUGAUCGGCGAACCUGGCGAGAAUUUUGUUUACGUUGAGCCUGAAGUUGGUAAAGCUAUUAGAUCCGCAAUUGUCCACCAACUUGGGUCAGGCGCUUUCAACCAUUCUGAGACGCUUCCCCCCCAAUUCAACCACGAUUCUAAACACUUUGCUUAUAAAUCUUUGUCGUUUCCUCGUAUCGACAUACGUCAAAACUUGGGUCAACCGGAGAGCAAGAUUAGUUCUGCGACACUCUGGCUCUCUGGCAACUGGCACGCAAUCACGCUUGACGGAACACCCGAUGGUCAGUAUACAAACCAAGUAUCUGUUUCGCGCAAAUCUAAUCAAUUGACAUUGUUUUUCCUUCCUAUAGAGGCCUUUGAGCGAGCUUCAAGAGAAAGCGCUAGCGAACUAAAGAGUGCCUUUGAGAGAUUAAAGCAUAGCUAG